AUGAGCGAGAUUGCACCCUUUGCGCUGCCCCAGUGGAUUGAAGCCCACGGAGGCAAAGCUCGCCUGCCUCUAGCCGGCAGUGCCACGCCUGCUCUUUCCGUCCAAGAUCUCAUCGAUCUAUCCACGGACAAGGAGACGACCUCUGCCAAUCUCUCCUCCAUCCAAUCCCUCAAGUUAAACCUUGGCCCACUCAACGGCAGUGAGCAGCUCCGCCGGCAGAUUGCUGGCCUGUACAAUGACACGAUCACCGCGGACCACAUUUUCCCCACGCACGGCACAACGGGCGCCAACGCCCUGGUCUUUCAGACCUUGCUCAAUCCAGGGGACCAUGUCGUCGCCAUGUACCCGUGCUAUGCCCAGUUGAUCUCACUUCCAAGAUCCGUCCCCAACGUGGACGUCUCAUAUUGGAAUGUCGAUCUAAAGGGCCACCGGAAACCCGAUAUCAAAGAGCUCCAAGCCCUCAUCAAGCCCUCGACCAAGUUGAUCGUGGUCAACAACCCGAAUAAUCCCACCGGCGCGGUCCUCUCCCAGGAUCUCCAGAUGGAAAUCGUUGAGCUCGCUCGCUCGCACGGCCUCACUAUCCUCGCAGACGAGAUCUUUCUCUCUCUGCACCACGGUGUAUCCGACCCUAAAGAUGCGCCCCGUUCCUUUGUCGAUCUGCCUGCUCCUCGUUCUUCUUCUUCUGCUUCUUCUUCCGGCACCACCACCUCAUCGUCGACGCCAUACGAAAACAUCAUCGUCACCAGCUCCAUGAGUAAAUCCUGGGGUCUCUCCGGCCUCCGCAUCGGCUGGCUCGCCACACGCAAUCCCGCCUUCAUGGCCCAAUGUUCCAACCGCGGCCUCUACACCAUCAUGGCCCUCAGCAACAUCGACGAAGUCAUCGCCGCGGAAGCCCUUAGUGACCGCUGCCGACCCCAAAUCCUCGCCAAGCAUCUGCAGAUCGCACGCCAGAACGUCCAGAUGCUAGAUUCCUUCGUCGAGCGGAAUCAAAGCGUAUGUUCCUGGACGAAACCAGUUGCGGGCGGGACGGCAUUUUUGCGAUUUGUGCAUCCAAAGACGGGGGAACCCGUGGAAGAUGUGGCGUUUUGCCAGGAUUUGAUGCGGGAAAAGGGCGUUUUGUUGGCGCCGGGGACGCGGUGUUUUGGGAUAGUUGAAAAGCGCGAUGGUGGGGAGAAUACGGAGGAGUUGAAGCCUUUGAGUGGAUUUGCGAGAGUGCAUGUGACUGCUGACCCGGUAGUGAUGGAGAAGGGAUUGGCGGCUAUUGAAGAGUAUCUGGAGGAGUUGAAGUAG